GGUUCUGUCAGGCUUCAUCCACAUAAUAUCACAGGCUGCCAUUGGAGAGCCCGUCGGCAAGAGCGAACAGGACGCAGACGCAGGAGAUAUCGCAGGAAGGCGCCCGACGAACGCAGUGUCCAUCACUUCUGCUGAUGUAACCAGACAGCGUAUGCUGGAGGCAGUUAUUUCACAAAAUCAACUUCGUUAUAAAAAGAAACAAAAGAAGGCGAGAAAAUGGGACAUACCGCAAUACCUAUAUUGAUGGCUGUAUUGUCCUACUGCGUGUUGGAAAACGUCGAGGCUCUGGCCAUGACCGAGGUGAAUGGGCCAGGCCCCCAGGUGGCAGAGCCGCAGAUUGCCAUGUUCUGUGGCCGUCAGCUCCUGCACAUGAACCUACAGACUGGCCAGUGGGAACCGGAUCCUCAGGGCCGCCAGGGCUGCUUCAAAGAGCCCGGCGAAAUCCUGUCCUACUGUCAGGAGAUGUACCCAGCACUUCCGAUCUCCCAUAUAGAGGAGUCAAAAAGACCUGUCACCAUCCCCGCCUGGUGUAAGAAAGGUUGGGGCCACUGCCAGCCACACCCAUUCAUAGUCCUGCCCUACCGCUGUCUAGAGGGCGAGUAUGUGAGCGAGGCCCUGCUGGUGCCCGACCGAUGCCGUUUCCUCCACCAGGAGCAGAUGGAUGCUUGCGAGAGUUACGUGUACUGGCACAACAUCGCUAAGGAGGAAUGCACUGCAGACAAUCUAGAGCUCCACAGCUACGGGAUGCUGUUGCCAUGUGGAGACCACUUCCGGGGGGUCGAGUACGUGUGCUGCCCAGGCCGAGGGAGUUCCAGCGGUAAAGGAGAGACGGAGGAAAGAGACGUCCCCGCCGGUCCUCAGACGUUCACAUCUCAGACCAGUGGAAAACUUAACUCUGUCACCAAAGUGACAGCCCCCACUCCGAGCCCCUCUGCUGACACGGACGCGGACGAGGCCGAUAUGGAGGAGGAGGAUGAUGAAGUGGUGGAGGAUGAGGAAGAGGAGGAGGAAGAGGAGGAGGAGGAAGUUGAUGAGGAAGAGGUGGAAGAAGAGGAGGAAGAGGAGGCGGUAGCUGUGAAAGAUCCAGAGGAGUAUGAAUACUCCAUUGACUCAGGUCCCUACCAGACAUCAGACUAUCUGGACUCUUUCUACUAUGAGAAAAGCCAGAAACCCACCACCUCCGCACCUCUGAUGAAGGGAGACAGCUUGACUACACCACGGCCCACAGAUGGUGUUGAUGUUUAUUUUGAGAAGCCAGUGGAUGACACUGAGCAUGCUAACUUCCUGCGUGCCAAAACAGACCUGGAGGAGCGCAGAAUGAAGCGCAUCAAUGAGAUCAUGAAGGAAUGGGCAGAGGCAGACAACCAGUCAAAGAAUCUGCCAAAGUCAGAGCGACAGGCCCUGAAUGAGCACUUCCAGUCUGUGCUGCAAACACUGGAGGAACAGGUCGCUGGAGAGAGGCAGCGACUGGUGGAGACUCAUCUUGCCAGAGUGGAGGCCAUACUCAACAACAACCGCCGCCUGGCCCUGGAGAACUACCUUACUGCUGUACAGUCUGAUCCCCCUCAGCCAGAGCGGGUGCUGCAGGCUCUGAAGCGAUACAUGGCCGCGGAGCAGAAGGACCGCAGACACACACUCAGGCAUUACCAGCAUAUUGCGGCUGUCGACCCCCAGAAGGCUGAGCAGAUGAAAUUCCAGGUGUACACACAUCUCCAUGUAAUUGAGGAGAGGAUGAACCAGAGUCUUGCACUGUUGUACAAGGAUCCUACCUUGGCUGAGGAGCUGCACAAUGAUAUUCAGGAGCUGGUUAAGGCAGAAAGAGGAGACAUCAGUGAGCUCAUGACCACCUCCUUCUCCGAGACCCGCACUACUGAAGAGCUUCUGCCGGCUGAGAGCGAGGAGGAAAAGGAUGAUGAGGAGGAAGAGGAGAGAGCCUUCCAGAACAGGCCUUAUCCUCCCCGCAUUGAUCUGCAGCCUAAUAAGAAAGUGUCUGCAGUCGAUGAAUACGAUUAUACCACAUCUGAGAGAGGCCCUACUUAUGAAUACGAGGAAAAGAUCAACACCUCUGUGGAGCUCAAGCAGGUAGUCAACAAGCCUCCUGAGAUCGAGAGAGAUGAACUGCAACCCGAUGCCUUGGAGACGUUUAACCGUGGCGCCAUGGUGGGUUUGCUUGUGGUGGCCGUGGCGAUCGCCAUGGUGAUGGUAAUCAGUCUACUGCUGGUGCGCAGGAAGCCAUACGGCACUAUCAGUCAUGGCAUCGUAGAGCAGGUCGACCCCAUGCUGACACCGGAAGAACGACAGCUCAACAAAAUGCAAAACCAUGGCUAUGAAAACCCUACAUACAAAUUCUUUGAACAGAUGAACUGAGGUACUGGGGUUGCCAACAAGUCAUGCCUGACCACUUGUUUUGUCCCCCUUCCUCCUCGUCCUUACAGUGGUGUCCCAGCUACACACACUCCCUUUUACGGAUUUAUGAUGUGUUGCAAACAAAAGUAUCUGAAUAAGUACGGGGUACGUCCCAAACCCAUUGUAAAUGACCAACAACAAGCCAUCAUCAAUACCAGAAUGUGAAUAAUGAGACAUGAUAGAAACUCACAUCACCUAUUGUAAUCUAAUACUCCUCUGAGUUAGAGUCUGAGGAUUGUUCCUUCCAUUAGCGGUGCCACAGCGUUUCAUACUCCUCAAAACAUUCACCUUAUAGACAGGAAAACCAUCCCAGUGGCAUGACUUGACCUAUUGCUCCUCACUAGAAACUGAAGUUGAACGGUGCAUAAUGCUUUAUAGUAGGCCUAUUUCUUUUUCAGUAGUAGUUUCUUUCAUUCAAAUUGUACCACAGUUAGAUAUAAUGUAUCUGUGUGUGAGUGACAGCCUAGUUGAAUUAUGGUUUAAUUCUGAAUUUGAAACCCACUCAGUGAUAUAAGGGCAAUUACUAAGCUAAUUGUCAAACUAUCCUUACCUCCAAGAGCUACUGUAACAUUGGACAAUACCUCUAAUAUUAAGACAUGAGCGUUAAGUGAGGAUGUGGAGGUGUUUACUUUGAAUGUGUGAGACAUUUAGGCUUUAAUUUAAAAACAAAGAAGGCCAAAAAGACCAUACCAGUCGAUACAGAACUCUGUGCUGGUAGUACAAAAAAGUUGUGUUUUUUUAUUUUUUAUUCUGAGGAUCUGCCCUCAAUGAUAUUAUUAAUUAUUUGGCAAAAUAUACCAAAUAUUCCAUUUAGGUCAUUUAGUCAGUGAAUGAGUUUAAUUUAUUUGUACUGCUACCUAAAGAACUGUAAAACAGAAUAAUCAGAAGUUCGUUAUUUUAAUGAAAGCAUGACAACUUGGUGUAUGAUACUGCUGUAUUUAUUUGUGUUGUUCUCGUCAUUGCUUUUGAAAAGUCGGAAAUGUCACCGUUCAAAAUUGACACUGUAAAUAACGUAAGAAAUACAUACUACUAGAUGUAGACAUUUCUAUGAUUAAUUUGCAUCGAUGUAAUGGAAUAAUACAUAAAAAAAAAGUAAAUUGUGCUGUUACGAGAAGGAGAAACAUUUUCCUAACAUGGCUGAUUGAAAACGGACUGUUGUAAAAACCAGCACAAGACAACGACACAGUAACUUCUUUCUGAAUGUAUUUAAGGUAGACGUUGAGAUUCCAUCUUAUUUUUAGUAAUGCAUCAUUCCCCUAGUAGACCUUAAUAGGAGUAGUGAAGUUCAACACAUCCAACAGACAAACUACAUGCCUGAUGCCCUUAUCAUCACUUCCUGUAGCAGCCUGAUCAUUUUCACAUUUGGCAGGUGUGUAACAGAGCAGGGGAACCUAAAGCUUAGGCGUGUUAUACAUGGACAGAGCAGGGAGGGGUAAAGAGGCCACAGCUAUAGUAAUGUGAAGUGUCUGUCGUCUGUUUUUUGGGAUUUAUUACACACACUUUCAGGCAUGAUACUAGAAAAACAUGUUGUAUGUCUUUAAAUCUCCCAGUUUGACAAAUUUGAACAACAUUGAAUGUUAGUACUCUAUAGAUGCUAUAUUUAAGUUACUCUCUUCUUAGAUAGCUUUUCACUGAAUGACUCAUUGUAGUUUGUCAUAUUUAUGAUCAACAUAGUACCCUGUAUAGGUAAGUAAAAAAGGAAUUGCCCCUUUCUUUCUGACUGAUUGUUAACUGCUUAGUGCGUCAGGUUGAAUUUCCUUUAGCCACCUAAUUCAGACCAACUUGGUUAAGGAAGGUCACAUUGUGGGAUGUUGCUUUUUGUUUUCAGUCUUUAACUAUGUUAUAGAAGAGAUAAUACAUACCAAAAUCAGUUCACAUUUAAUUUCUUACUGGUGGAAGUUUUCUUUAAAAUACCUGCAUUCGUCCAUUCAGAGGAAAAGUCGUUCAAUUAUUAAGUGUGGUUUUUUCUUUGUGUAAAGUUUGCUUUGAAAUAAGCAAAAAGAGUUUGACUAUCAGAGUUUUGAUUUAUUUAGCAUUAAUCUUCAGUUUCUCUCUCUAGGCAGGUUAAUUGCAGGUUGCGGUUAAGUUAUGACAGGUGAAGAGAAGUCAUAGCCCUUGUAUAAUUUGUACAGCUACGUUAGUGAAUGAAAACGUUGUAUGUUCACAGUUUAAGUCAGUUGAUCUUGUAAUGAUACUACUGAAACCAUAGAUGAGAAUAAGCUUGCCUGUGUUUCCCAAACCACUGAAGGUUUCCUACCAGCAUUUAGCAGACUUAGAACGGUGUAUACUGUAGUUACUCAAAUCACAUUUGUACGUACGUCCUCUGUCAAAUUCUAGACUUCUUUGUUGGUCUGUCCCCUUACUUCCCAACGAAAUAUAAACAAUGUUAUUGAGAUUUUAAUUGCUGCAUUAUUGCCUUUUACAAUGCUGUGUUUUGGAUGUAAUUAUUCUGUAUUUUUUAUUUCUAUGUAAUAAUCAGUUGGAUCAAGGGUCAUGCUUUUCACCUGUAAUGUAAAUUUAGAAGCUUGUUUGAGAAGAAAUUGACAAGUUUAUAGCGUUCAGAAAUGUGAAAUAUUGACAGACAUAUGGCCUCUGCCUAAUUGACAAGGAGAGGCACUAAGCACAAGUAGAACCAAAUUACUCAAUUUGUGUACAGGUUGCUAAAUGUUAGCCAUUGAUUCCGUCUGUCUGAUUUCAAUUAAACCACAUUGAUUCUAGGGAUGUUGAUUGCACCAUUGAGAGAGCUGUUCUUCAUUUUCAUUCAGAUCUUUAACCAAAGACAUGCUCCACAAAUCAGCAGACAGAUAUUCCUAUUUGGCAAAAUGUUCUCUGUUGUGUAACUGUAUUUGCAAGCAAUCUGAGAAAUUAAAACUGGUCAAGCUAAUUAAUAGUGUAAUAAAAAUGAAUGACCCAUAA